GCAGGGGUGCCACGCGCCAACAGCCCUGAUUUCUACGCAAUGUAACAUUAGGAAGAACAUGGUUAUCAGAUCCUAUCCAGCUUGAACUGUUCCCGGUCCUACAUAGGCUAUCAUUGGCUGAGGGGGCACAGCUGAGGCUACCGAUAUGAUUGGACAUACCCCGGAAGUAAUCAUGACUCCUAUCACUUCGAAGCCACGAUAUACUAACGACAUCUGUAUACUAGGACUCGAGUAAUGUCAGUGGGGAAGAGGGAAGUCGUUUUGAUCACGCUAGAAGCAAUCCUCUAAACGAGUACCUUCGAAGUACCUGAGGAAAAUGAUACAUUUGCGUAGGCGAAUACCAUAUAUCGAAGAUGACGGAAAGCGGCGACGAAGAACGAGCAGAACAUACGAGAUUGAGUUGAGAUAACCCCUGGGAAGUUGAAGUCGAUAUGGGUUACGACGAGAUAUGGAGACAAACCAUAUAAUCGACGUCGUUCCUGAUAUCUUUGAAGGAGAUGUGAACUUGCUAAGUAUGCUUCUAAUCUAAUUAAACAUCCCUAUAUCACUCAAUUUCCCCCACUAGCCCACUCGGCCAACCAUUGUAUCAACACAAUGUCAUCUCAAAGAGGCGAGACGCUCAACGCCAUCGGCCAAGAUGGCCUUCCCCCUAUUGCCAUCGUUGGUAUGGCGUGUAAAUUCCCAGGCGGUGCCUCUAACCCGAGCAAGCUCUGGGAUAUGAUUGCUAGGAAGCAGUCUGGACGAUGCGAGAUUCCUAAGACCCGCAUGAACGUCGAUGCUUUCUAUCACCCAGACCCAGAUAGAAAUGGAACAUUCAACAUCCGGGCUGCCCAUUUCUUGGAGGAAGAUAUCUCCGCCUUUGACGCGGCAUUCUUCUCCAUUUCCCCGGCUGAGGCUACCGGGAUGGACCCUCAACAGCGGAUGAUGAUGGAAUCUGCUUACGAAGCGGUCGAAAAUGCCGGUGUCCCAAUGGAGGACCUAUCCGGAUCUAACACCGGCUGUUAUGUCGGUUGUUUCUCUCGGGAUUACAAUGAGAUGUUGACUCAUGAUCCUGAAACAUCACCCGUAUAUGUCUCGACUGGAAACGGAGCUGCUAUUCUCUCGAACCGUGUUAGCUACUUUUUCGACCUUAAGGGCCCCAGCCUAACAGUUGAUACCGCCUGUAGCAGCAGUCUUGUUGCCCUUCAUCUUGCGUGCCAAAGUCUCCGCAGUGGUGAAAGCAAGGCCGCUAUCGUUGGAGGCACCAACCUUAUAUUCAACCCAGAUGUUAUGAUAGCUAUGUCUAAUGUCCACUUUUUAGGGGCCGAUGCCAAGUGUCAUACAUACGAUGCUAGCGCAAAUGGAUAUUCUCGUGGAGAGGGAAUAGCUGCCAUUUACAUCAAACCUUUAGAGGAUGCUAUUAGGGACAAUGAUACUAUUCGCGCAGUUAUAAGAGGAACAGCCUGUAACCAGGAUGGGAGAACUGCCGGCAUAAUGCUUCCGUCUCGGGAAGCACAGGAGUCUUUAAUUCGAUCCGCUUAUAAGAACGCCAAAUGUGACCCAGCUACCGUUGGCUACUUUGAAGCCCAUGGCACAGGCACACCUGCUGGCGACCCUCUUGAAGCUGGCGCUAUCGGGUCGACAUUAGGUCAGCAUCGUGGUUUAGGAGACGAGAACCGUCUCUAUGUCGGCAGCGUUAAGACCAAUAUCGGACAUCUUGAAGGUGCUAGUGGAUUAGCAGGCAUUAUCAAGACUGUUGUAGCCUUAGAAAAAGGCUUGAUCCCACCAAAUCUUUACUUCGAGAAAGGGAAUGAGGCCAUUGACUUCGAAGGCUGGCAUAUUCGCGUGCCUACGGAAUUAACGCCAUGGCCAACGCACGGCAUAAGAAGGGCCAGUAUUAAUUCGUUUGGUUUCGGUGGAACGAAUGCGCAUGUCAUCCUUGACGACGCUUACCAUUACCUAAAGGCGCGAGCUUUGAGAGCGUCACACUGCACCUCGAUCCUACCUCAUCAUCCGGAGCACUCGCCCCUUUCUGAUCUUGAUACACCGGGUUGGAGUUCCGGCUACGUGUCAGCUGAAAGUGACGAAUUCUUCGACGCCGGCGCAGGGGGUAACCAAUAUAGAAUCUUCGCAUGGUCAACUCAUGAAGAGGGUAUCGCCAAGGACAGCGCCGCAGCUUAUGCAACAGAGCUAAGGAAUCGGAAAGACGUGAUUGAGAGUCGGUUCCUUGCUGAUCUUUCCUACACUUUGUGUCAAAGACGUUCUCGUAUGGCGUUGAAGUUCUUCAUUGUUGCAAAUUCUCUUGAUGACUUGGCUACCAAACUCGAGAAUACCCGCCAGAAACCAAUCCGUUCAAAUGCUCGUCAGGCACCUCGCGUAGCCUUCGUGUUCACUGGUCAAGGCGCGCAGUGGUGGGGCAUGGGGCGGGAGCUUCUUCAGAUGUACCCUGUGUACAAGAAGUCAAUUUUAUCUGCCGAUGAUGCUCUAAAGUCAUUUGGAUGCAAAUGGUCUUUAGUGGAAGAGCUCUCGAAGGACAAGAACACAUCCCGAAUCAACGACCCCGAGAUCAGCCAGCCUGUCUGCACAGCCGUCCAACUUUCCCUUGUUAAUCUGUUAGCUGACUGGGACGUGCUGCCUCACAAAGUCAUUGGCCAUUCUAGUGGCGAGAUUGCGGCAGCGUAUGCAGCUGGCAAGCUCACCUUUAAUUCAGCUUUGAAGGUAGCUUUCUUCAGGGGUCUCGUUUCAAGCCACGUACAACAAGAUGGAGCUAUGUUAGCAUGCGGACUUUCCAAAGAAGAUGCGGAAGAGCGGUUUGCACUUCUCGAUCCUUCACUCGGGAGGAUUGUCGUAGCUUGUGUCAACAGCCCAUCCAAUGUCACACUUUCUGGCGAUGUGGCUUCUAUUGAGCAAAUGGAGCAAAUACUCCAGGACGAGAAGAUCUUCGCGAGAACGCUGAAAGUCAAGACAGCCUAUCACUCCCAUCACAUGCUUGAGGUCGCCGACGAAUAUCUUCAACACCUCACAGAUCUCAAAGCUCCUGAAGACAACACUCAUUUCACUGGUGAGAUGAUCUCUACUGUCACUUGCACUCCAGUGACAGGCGCGGAACUUGACGCCAAAUAUUGGGUUGAUAACAUGCUUUCACCUGUUCUAUUCUCGGAAGGCAUGCAACUACUCUGCAGCCAGAAAUCAAACACCAAAGGCCGAUCGAAGAAACUUCGUACUACCGAUUCUGUCAAUAUUCUCCUCGAAAUCGGUCCACACUCUGCUCUCGCCGGGCCUAUCAAGCAGAUACUUGCCUCUGAUGACCUCCAAAAAAGUUCCAUCGCCUAUCAUUCUGCUCUCGUCCGAGAUAGAGAUGCUUGUCUGACAACCUUGGAGGCUACAGCAUCUCUUUGGGCCCGUGGAGUGUCUGCCAAGCUAGAAAAGGCCAAUCGACCUGUCCAGAGUGGUCCUCGCCCGCAGGUUUUGGUAGACUUGCCCUCAUACCCUUGGAACCAUAGCAAGCAGUUUUGGGCUGAAUCACGUCUCAGCUCUAACUACCGCUUCCGCCCCACACCUCGAAACGAUUUCAUCGGUGCCCCUGUAGCCGACUGGAACCCCGCUGAGCCCCGAUGGCGCAACUUCAUUCGGGUAUCCGAGCAACCGUGGGUGAAAGACCAUCAAGUUCAAGGGUCUAUCAUUUACCCAGCUGCUGGAUACAUAUCUAUGGCGCUAGAGGCUGCGAAGCAAAUGGUUCCUGCUUCGGAUGUCGGAAGAGUUCUUGGAUACACCAUCACGGAGAUGCUUAUCACUAGGGCGUUGGUGGUGCCACAAACCGAACUUGGCGUCGAGGUGAUUUUCCAAGCUAGACCCUUCAAUUCUAGCAGUAAAUCAUCUUCAGAUAUCUGGAAAGAGUUCCGCGUUUUUUCUUACUCGUCUACUGGGCCAAACGAGCAUUGCCGAGGUCUUCUAUCAAUUAAUUAUACUCAGCCGAGUAGCGAGGUGGACGCAGAUAGGGAAUCUAGAGAGGCUCUGUCCCGAUACGACCAUGAGUUUGAAUACUCUAAGAACUUCUGCAAAACCUCUGCUACGCCAGACAAGGUAUAUGAAGACUUGUCCAAAGCAGGUCUUGAGUAUGGCACAACAUUCCGCAAUUUAGUAGAGAUCUCCUACGGGCCUGGAAAGGCAUUGGGAAAGCUUGCGAUACCCGACACCAAGUCCAUUAUGCCGUGCGAGUACGAGUACGAUCACCUUGUUCACCCGGCUACCCUCGAUACGUUCUUACAAAUCUUGUUCCCGGCCCUGACUCACGCCGCGGCGAAUGUUAAGGAACCCUACAUGCCAACAUUUAUUCAAGAAAUGCAUGUUUCAAGCGAUAUCUCUAGUAAUCCUGGCCAUGAAUUCGAGGUGAUCUCCGAGGCAGCAUUUGUUGGAUUCCGAGAAGCUACUGCUAGCAUUGUCGUCCGGGACCAGCAGGGAGAAACCCCCAAAGUUAGGAUUCAAGGCGUCAAAUGCACAGCACUAACAUCCACCAAUUCGGCAGAUGGGGGCCAGAACGAAGAAGUAAAGCAGCUGUGUUUUGAUGUUGAGUGGGAGCCAGAUCUUGAUCUUCUCUCUAAACCCGAGACUGAAGCCGUGCUUACAGCAACUGGAGUGGAAGAUACGCCCUCUGAGUAUAUCGCGACCUUGGAAAUGGUCGCAUCAUACUUCUAUACUCAAGCCCUAGAAGAGGUUUCAGAAGAGCAAGUUGUUCAUCCGCAUCACCAGAAAUUCUUCCGCUACAUGCAGCACCAUCGCGAACAAGUACUCGCGGGCGCAAUUGAGCAUCAGACUCCAGAAUGGUUACAAUUCAACUCUCCAGCUAUGAAAGCGAAGAUGGAGAAGCUCAUUUCGAAGAUCGAGGGGACCGACUACGAGGGUCAGCUUCUAUGUCGCAUGGGUAGAAGUUUAUCUCGCAUUUUGAAAAAUGAGGUUGACCCUCUUGCGAUGAUGCUCGAGAAUGAGCUCCUCUAUAACUACUACGCUAACUCCCUUGGAAUUGCGACUUCAUAUGCUCAUCUACAGAAGUAUAUCUCGAUGCUUUCGCAUAAGGAUCCCAGCCUUAAGUACCUCGAGAUAGGCGCUGGGACAGGAGGCGCUACAGUACCGAUCCUUAACGCAUUAGGUGGUGGAAACGGCACAUACCCUCGAUUUGAGUCAUACACAUACACUGAUAUCUCAUCCGGCUUUUUCGAAAAGGCAGAACAGAAAUUCAGCGAUUGGCAUGGUCUUAUUGAUUAUCGCAAGCUGAAUAUAGAGCAAGACCUUCCUGCCCAAGGUUUUAAAGAAGAUGAGAAGUUUGAUGUCAUCAUCGCGUUCAAUGUUCUGCAUGCGACGACAAACAUGAACCAGACCAUUUCCAACGUGCGAAAAUUGUUAAAGACGGGCGGAAAGCUACUUCUUCUUGAAAUUACCCAUGUACUCAAUCGAGUCUUCCUUCCCUUUGGCAAUCUUCCCGGCUGGUGGAUGUCUGAGGAAUCAUUCCGACAAUGGGGUCCGACGAUGACGGAAGACACAUGGGUAUCUAUCUUGAAAGGCAACGGAUUCGGCGAGCUAAAGUCGAGCACCCCGGAUCACCAAAACCCACGGGACCAGACGGGAAGACUGAUGGUUGCUGAGGCUAUUGAUUCUAAUCUUCAACAAAAUGCGCCCGCGGAAAUUCUGCCUUCUAUUAUCAUCGCGACAUUGUACGGUGUUGGUGAAGACCGAGUAGUCGCUGAUGCCUUGCAGGAAAGACUCCAGAGCAUGAAAGUUCCGGUAACUACCAAGUCUUAUACACAAUUGACGACAGAAGACUUGGUAAACAAUGCAUGCAUCUGUGUCGCAGAAAUUGGACAACCUUUAUUGAAGGACAUCAGCCCUAAUGACCUUGAAAUCCUGAAGUCUAUUCUGCACCAGGCCAAAGGUCUAUUCUGGCUGACCCAAGGCGCAACUCAGAACUCGGCGCACCCAGAAUACGCUCUGAUUCACGGUCUUGCAAGAACGCUCCGAGCGGAGCAUGAGGGCUUUCCGCUUGUAACAUUCGACUUCGAUGCCAAGCACCCACUUUCUUGGGAACAGCGCAUCGAUAUAUUCAUGCCAGUCAUACAGAGGACUUUCUCCGAAGAAACCUUGGGAGAUUGCGAAUAUUCUGAGAGGGAUGGUCUAGUUUAUAUCAAACGCUGUAUCGCUGCCCCUGAGCUAAAUGACAGAAUCGCGGUAGUGGGGCAGACGGCCACAUCUACCCGGGAAUUGGAACCUUUCAACCAACCAGGAAGGCCGCUUACCUUGGCGAUUGCCACACCCGGUCUUCUGGACACGCUAUGUUUUGUUGAUGACCCGGAGGCCUUAGCACCACUGUCAUCUGACUAUGUUAAGAUCGAUGUCCGCGCGACUGGACUGAACUUCCGCGACAUCAUGGUCUGUAUGGGCCAACUGGUCGACGACUUCCUUGGAUGCGAAUGCAGCGGUAUUGUCACCGAGGUCGGUGCAGAGGUAUCGCAUCUCAAAGUAGGUGAUAGAGUAUGCACAUGGACUCUCGGAGCUUACUGCAGCUCCCUGAAAAAUCCUGCCAAGCUUGUUCAGCCCAUUCCUGACGAUAUGGACUUCACGGUCGCGGCCUCGUUGCCGAUCGUUUAUUGCACCGCAUACUAUGGCUUGGUUGACCAGGCAAGAAUCCAGAAGGGAGAGAAGGUGCUCAUACACGCAGCCGCCGGUGGUGUGGGUCAAGCCGCUGUUAUGCUCUGCCAGCUAUACGGGGCAGAAAUCUUCAUCACCGUUGGCACAAAGGAGAAAAAGGAGCAUAUGAUGACAACGUACGGGAUCCCUGAGGACCAUAUCUUUUCCAGUCGUAACCUCAAUUUUGCCGACGGCAUUAAGAGGUUUACGAAAGGCAAAGGCGUCGAUAUUAUUCUCAACUGUCUCUCUGGAGAGGCCUUGAAAGCAAGUUGGUCGGUGAUUGCGCCAUUCGGACGAUUCAUCGAGAUUGGUAAGAAGGACAUCGAGGAUAACACUCGUCUCGGAAUGGCACCGUUUAUCAAGAACGUCGCGUUUUCGUCUGUGGACUUGACUGUCAUUUUUAGGCAGAGGAAGGAUCUCGGCGCCCGCCUUCUUUCCGAGGUGAUGGAACUUCUUAGACAUGGAAGUAUCGGCCAAGUCUCUCCCAUCACGUUGUUCCCAUUUUCCAAGAUCGAAGAAGCUUUUAGAUACAUGCAGGCUGGAAAGCAUAUGGGCAAGAUUGUCCUUACUCCUUGCGAGGAUGAUAUUGUGCCGGUCGCAGCGAGGACGGGCUCCAAGUAUAGAGUUGUGCCCGAUGCUUCUUACUUGAUUGUAGGAGGAUUUGGUGGACUUGGACGAAGCCUUUCUCGUCGCUUGGUAUCCCAAGGGGCUAAGAACCUAAUCUUUGUGUCACGGUCUGGAGACGGAAGCCCAGAGGCGAAGUCCUUAGUAGAUGAGCUCCAAAGCUCCGGUGUCACAGUGGAAGUUCUAGCUGUCGAUAUCACUAGUGGUGAUAGGCUUAAAGCGAGCUUAGACGAAACAUUGAAGACGAUGCCGCCAAUUCGCGGUAUCAUUCAAGCGGCAAUGGUUCUAGAAGACCGCAUUUUCGUCAACAUGACUCACGAAACGUUUACCAAAGUUAUUCGACCAAAGGUUCAAGGUUCAUGGAAUCUCCACGAGGCGACAAUUGACCAACCUCUCGACUUCUUCAUCAUGCUUGCUAGUGCCGCCGGUAUGGUCGGCGACACAUCUCAAGGAAACUAUGCCGCCGCAAACGCGUUCCAAGACUCCCUUGCGCACUAUCGCGUCUCCCGCGGCCUACCCGCAACCGUCAUCGACCUCGGCAUGGUCAAAUCAGUCGGGUACGUAGCCGAGAACGAGGGCGCAGCCGAACGCAACCUCGCGCGGUGGGGCUUCCUACAGAUCGAAGAAGAGGAGUUCCUCGCAAUGAUCGACAUCGCGAUGGAAAGCGACAAAGAGCAGCGCAGGUGCCAGAUCGUCACGGGUGUCGGCACGCAAGCCGACUUCGACCGCAGCCAAGGCGACGUACCCCACUGGUUCCGUGACCCCGUUUUCUCGCACCUGCACAACAUGCGCGCGCGCCACAUCGACACCACCGCCCAGUCCGGCCCCUCGCUCGCUCAGCAGUUGAAAGAAACGGUGUCGGUCUCCGCGGCUGCCGCCAUCGUGCUCGACGCGCUCAUGAAGAAGUUGUCGAAGUCGCUGAUGAUUGCGCUCGAGGACAUCGAUGCCGCGAGCCCGACUUCGGUGUACGGCGUCGACUCGCUGGUCGCGGUCGAGGUGCGCAAUUGGCUGCUCAGAGAGGUCAAGGCCGAUGUGCCUGUUUUCGAGAUCUUGCAGGCUUCUUCGCUGCAGCUUCUUGGGUUCAAGAUUGCGGAGAAGAGUAGUCUUGUGAGCGAAAACGCCGUGAAGGGGGAUGAGUAAUAGGUAAUGGUCCACUUGGGUGGGUUUGUGUUGGGGCUUUUGUAUUGUAUGUGUAUUAGUGUAGGUACCUGGGUAGGUUGGGACCUGUUGGAAAAGGGGUAGCGGUUAUUUUCAUUUCUCAUUUGGUCAUCACACGGUUAUAGAUAGCCACGCAUUAGGGUUUCUACAACCUAUUCUCUAAUAUAUACUAGAUUCCUAGUUAA